CUGUGGUUCUGUAGUUCCAAUAGUCAUUCUCCUGAUCCAAACAUUACUGGGGUUUGCAUUUUUUGAAAAAAUGACCCAAAUGGAUGCCGAACGCGAGAAAGCUCUUCAAGAGUACCGAAAAAAACUUUUGGAGCACAAAGAAGUCGAAUCGCGGUUAAAAGAAAUGCGCGAACAGCUGAAAGAUCUAACUAAGCAAUACGACAAGUCUGAAAACGACCUGAAAGCUUUGCAGAGUAUGGGUCAGAUUGUCGGCGAAGUUUUAAAGCAACUGACUGAAGAAAAAUUUAUCGUCAAAGCCACGAACGGCCCGCGAUACGUCGUGGGUUGCCGGCGGCAAUUGGACAAGUCUAAACUGCGAGCCGGCACUAGAGUUGCACUGGACAUGACCACUUUAACCAUAAUGAGGUAUUUGCCAAGAGAGGUUGACCCUCUGGUUUACAACAUGAGCCACGAAGACCCGGGCGAUGUCACAUAUGCAGCCAUCGGCGGUUUGUCUGAACAGAUUCGAGAGCUAAGAGAAGUUAUCGAAUUACCGCUACUUAACCCGGAGUUAUUUAUGAGGGUUGGAAUAACACCCCCUAAAGGUUGUUUAUUAUAUGGUCCUCCUGGAACUGGGAAAACUUUGCUGGCUAGGGCAGUGGCUUCUCAGUUGGAUGCCAAUUUUUUAAAAGUUGUUUCGAGUGCAAUUGUGGACAAAUAUAUUGGCGAAUCUGCACGGUUGAUCAGAGAAAUGUUCAAUUAUGCCAAGGACCACCAACCUUGCAUCAUCUUCAUGGAUGAAAUUGAUGCCAUAGGUGGCCGAAGGUUUUCGGAAGGCACGUCGGCCGAUCGAGAAAUCCAGCGUACUUUGAUGGAACUCCUGAACCAGAUGGACGGGUUCGAUUCUCUCGGCCAAGUAAAAAUGAUAAUGGCCACCAACAGACCCGAUACUUUGGAUCCCGCUUUGCUUCGUCCCGGACGCUUGGAUCGCAAAAUCGAAAUACCAUUGCCAAAUGAGCAGGCCCGCCUGGAAAUCCUCAAAAUUCAUGCUGCCCCCAUCGCCAAGCACGGAGAAAUCGAUUACGAAGCCAUAGUAAAAUUGUCUGAUAAUUUCAAUGGCGCUGAUCUCAGGAACGUAUGCACGGAGGCUGGGCUCUUUGCGAUUCGAUCCGAGAGGGAGUAUGUAAUACAGGAAGACUUCAUGAAGGCGGUGAGGAAAGUCGCCGACAAUAAAAAACUAGAGAGUAAAUUAGAUUAUAAGCCUGUGUAAUUGUAAUUAAUGGAUGUUUUCAAUAAACCACAAACACUUUAAGGAAGUUUAUUUCA